AUGCCAAAGCGACGGAGGACAGACAAUGCGGUAGAGGAGGAAGAGUCAACACCACAAAAGACGAGGAGAACGGCGCAGAAUGACAGCCCGCCGAGCAAUGCAACAACACCUUCCAACCGCAAGUCGAUCCUCAAGGGGACACCGACGAGAGGUCCAAAUGGGACGUCUGUAGUGGAACCAACGCCCAAGUCGCUGAGGAAGGUCCUGUUCUCGACGCCGGCGGAGAAAGCAGAGGCAGCGGAGGAGCAAGAGACGCCUACAGCAACCCGCAACGACCGCUCGGCUCGUAGGAAGAGUGCGCGGACGUUGCAGAAGCAGCCUGACGAUGAGAGCGAGGAUGGAGAUGUCGCGCAAGACACGGCGCUCGCGGAGGCCAUUCUUGACCAAGAGGACGAGAUAGUGGGAGAAGAUGAGGAGGAGGUGGUAGUGGCAGAUGCAUCUAGCCAGCCCACAGCAGACACACCCACCAAACGCGGCAGAGGCAGACCCAGAGGACGGCCCAAGAAGGAGAGAACGCCAUCGCCGCCACCCGAUCUUCCACCACAUGAACUGUAUUUCUUCCAGAACCGCGCGGGAGCCAACAAGACCUCCGCCAACACUCUCGCCCCGAACCUGCUGCUCAACCACGAAGACUACCUCACCAACAUCAACGCCUACAAGGAUCCCCACGAACAAGACAUCAAGCGUCUGGCCGACCUUCACAAACGCGCCUUCGACCAGUGGACUUUCGAACGUGAGGAAGGCUUCAACCUCUGCCUGUAUGGCUACGGCUCGAAACGCCAGCUCUUGAUGGAUUACGCCGACCACCUUUACCACAGCAGCCCGAAACCGCCCAGGAUCGUCGUGGUGAACGGCUACACGCCUGGCUUAACCCUCCGCGACAUCUUCACUCUCCUCGCGAAGACCGUCCUCCCCAAGUCGACUAAAUUGCCCUCCUUGCCAGUUCCACUUCUCGACCUUGUCCUCACGCACCUCACCUCAAAUCCACCGUCUCCGCCAAUAACACUCUUGGUCCAUUCUCUCGACUCGCCAACUCUCCGGCGUGCCCCUGCCCCAGCUUUACUCGGACGCCUCGCCGCGCAUCCCUUCAUUUCCUUCAUCGCCAGCGUGGACACGCCCCAGUUCGCCCUUCUCUGGCCUCCAGCCCUGCUUCGCCAGUACAACUGGCUCUACCACGACACCACGACCUUCAAACCCUACAUCGCCGAAAUCGAUGUCGUGGAAGAAGUCAACGCCUUGCUCGGCAGAAGCGGACGCAAGAUCGGUGGCAAAGACGGCGUAGCAUUCGUGCUGAAGAGCUUACCCGAGAACGCGAGGAACCUCUUCCGUAUACUGGUGAUUGAGCAGCUGGGUGCCAUGAGCCACCUAGAAGCGGACGCUACGCUCGGUGGUGGCGACGUGGAGGAUGAAGAUGAAGGAAUGUUGGGUGUGAGCGACGACGAGGACGCGGCAGCUGAGGCACAAGCUACGCCUUCUCGACGGCAGAAACGAGGACGACCGCCUAAGAAGGCUAAGGCUGCGGUGACGAAGAAGGUUGUAGCGCCUGCGGCGGAGGGGGUGGAGUAUCGCACGCUCUAUCAUAAGGCCGUGGAGGAGUUUGUGUGUUCGAGCGAGCUGAGUUUCCGGACAUUGUUGAAGGAGUUUCACGAUCAUCAGAUGGUUGAGAGUCGGAAAGACGGGAUGGGGGUGGAACGGCUUUUCGUUCCCGGUAUGGGGAGGGGUGAAUUGGAGGGGCUGUUGGAAGAACUAGUCUGA